AUGAAGUUCAUGUCCACAGUCGGCAAGGCUCGCAGGGUCUACGAUUUGAACAACAUCCCCCUCGUGUCUGGCAGCUCAUACAUCAAAUGGCAUCUUGCCCACUCAAUGCACGCCGAGCACCGCGGCCGCACCUGCAAAUGCCCCAUUUCUAACCACAAAGUCGAUUACAGCUACAGCAAACUCAUCACCGGAGUCCGAAUCUCCAUGGAUAAGAACAACAACCUCACUGAAUGCCCCUUGGAGUUGGAGGUCCUGCAAGAAUUUGCUGUCGCUGAAAAGAUUACUCUCGGAUAUGUCAAGCUCAACCUGGCCGAGUAUGUGGAAGAGAGUGAAUCCAUCAGCCGCGAGGUUGGCUCACCGCCUCGAAAACGUAGCAGCACCGGCGUCACUCCAACCCCCGCCGACGGCGAAGCCUUGCCUGAAAGUCGCCUCGUUGAGGAGGGCGUUGUGAGGAGAUAUCUCAUGUCAGACAGCAAAAUCAACAGUACGCUCAAGAUUGGUAUCCUCAUGGUACAAGUGGAUGGAGAGCGCAGCUUUGUUGCACCACCACUGAAAACCGCCCCUGUGUUUGGCGGCAUAGCGGGAUUAGUCGCACCCGAGGUCGAAGAUGACACUUCACAAAUCCCCAACAUUUCCAAGCCAAGAGAUGCCGCCGAAGUCCAUGAUCUCUACCGCAGAACUCUUGUAGCUUCUUGGUCCCGGCAGCCUAACGAGCUACCGGCUGACGAGUGCAUCGAGGACAUUUUCUCCGGCGGCAACGGCUGGGGGACCAACAAGGAGUCGCACGAUAGUAACAACAGCGACGAAGGCGAAGCGGAGCCCGCCGGCGGCACCCUUCGACCCAGUGACUUCCGCCGAUACGCCAGCCACCAGAACAACGGCCAGGUACGAAGUCGCAGUCGCCACAGUCAUACUAAGAGUACGUCGAGUGACAGGAGCGUGUCCACGGUCACCGGAGGGGCCGGUGGCAGCAGAGGCCACAGGCGCGAAGGUCGGUUCAACAACGAGGACAGUAGGGAUGCCCGUGAUGACGACCUCGGCAGCAGCAUGGGUGGUAGCAUGGGCAGUCUUGCACCAACGCUGGGUGGCAGUAGUGACGGGGGAAGGGUUGACCCUGGUAUGGGGAGGGCCAAGGAGGUGGACGAGUUCGAGGUGAGGGAGGACCUGGUAGCUUGGAACUUGCCGGGCGGCGUGGAAGCUUGA